ACAUGCAUGUACUUGUUGAUAGUAUCAGGGAAACUACCGAUGAAAACGAAAGUUGUUGUGAAAAUAUUGUUUUCCUAAUAUUUCCAGAUCAACCCUUUUAAUUAUUAUUCAUUCAUCUUCUAUUUGUUUGUUUUGUUUAAUUAUGGAUUCCCUUAACUGCAGUAAUAGUACUACCGAAUUAGCAGGAAAGAUAACAAAAGGAGAUAUUGUCGUCACAAUGGUAACGUCCUGUUUGUCUAUCGGUGGUGCUUUUGCAAUAUGUUUUACAAGCGGACGAAAAGUUUACCGAGGGCGAUCCCUCAGUGAGCCGCGAAAACUUCUCGUGUACUUGACCAUAGCAGACUUGUUCAUAGCUAUUGGUUACUUAUAUGGAUCAGUUCGGUUUUUACGUGACAACUCUUUGAACUAUGAGGUAAAGGACCCGGGUUGUAUUGCACAAAGUUUUGUCACAACAAUGGCUAGUCUGUGUUCAUUUUGGUGGACCUCAAUUAUAGCAUUCAAUUUCUGGUGGACCUAUACGUGUUAUACGAAUAACAACAGUGUUUUCGCUUCAAAUAACAUCUCAUCAAGACAGAGCACAUGGAAUGUAAAAAUAUAUGUCUAUCACAUAUUAAGCUGGAUAAUUCCGGCUAUUAUUAUUGUCACUGCACUAUCGAAAGAUGCACUCGGAUCGGAUAAUUCGGUUGAGUCAGGACCUUGGUGCUGGAUUUCUGCUAACAUGUCAGUUAAAGAGCAAACUAUAUGGAUGGCUGUAACUGGGAAAGGAUGGGAAAUGUUGAUGUACCUAUCUUGCUUUGGGUUUUACAUGCUUUUGAAAUUGUUCCAACUGUCAGCAAGAAGAAGACAAAAACAGAUACAUGCACAAUUCGGGAGUACAACACCUUUGAUAUCUAGGACAAAAUGCUAUCAACAACCGCCAGAACAUAACCUGAGCUACAUUUUCUUGUGGGUAGUGGAAAUAGUGCUAAGGAUUUCAGGAACGAUUCGGUUUGUAAUGGCCACUCUCAGACGACAUGCUUGUAUUAGCCCGCCAUUUUAUGAACAUGCCGAUGUCUAUUUGAUGCACGUUCAAAGUUUCGGCGAUAGUGCCCAAGCGUUUUGUUCUUUCUUAAUAUUUUGUGUCUUCAGGAGAUGUUUUCGAAAUAUAAAUGACAGAAGAAGUAACAACAAUCUAUUAUAAGAAGCUAGUUAUGUUUUCAAAAUUAUAUACACAAAAUAUUGUAAUAUUGUAAAGAACAAAAAAGAUCGACAAAGAAAUAACUUUUAAUAAACUUUCAAAUUCUGUUCUAUCUGGUUUUAAUCAUAAAUGAACACAUUUAUCGUCAUUGAACACUCGGAAAUGUAGAAUCAAGAAAUGCAUAAAAAGGACAAAUUUUCAAAUAUUAAUGAGUGUCAAGUGUCUUUUGUUUUUUUUUGUUUAAAAAAUAGAAAAAACAUAACAGUAUAACCCCAAAAAAUUGGAUAUAACAACAUACCAGCACAAUCAAUUACGCCAUAUUCCUUCGAACAGAAUAGCAGUUGUUUUUUAAACCAAUACCACAUUAUUAAACUGUUGUUAAACUAUUUAUUACACGAUCAAGCUAUGGUUGGGUUACUAAAGUUUAAAAUAUACAGCCUGUCCUCAUUUCAUUUUUAGACGAUAUGAUAUGAAAUAUAACAUAUAAGGCAAAUCCCGAACAUCGCAGCUAUCAACAGGAUGUCCACGAACAUAU